CCCGCUUCUUCGGCUGUGUCGUCAGCAAGUGCUGACAAUUCUGGCAGGUGCUGUUUGACCGUGUUUGCGAUCGGUUCGUGCGCAUUUAUACGUCGCGUUCGACAGUCUGUUUUCGCUUUUUGACUGGCAUCUGGUGAUCCGCAAACAGCCUGACAUCAUUUACAUAAUUACGUUACGAUAAAAAUGCAGUACCUCUUGCCACUGUUUUUAGUAGCUUUAAUAAUACAAUCGUCGGUCGCACCGCCCAUCACACAGGAAAAGAAGGAUGGGGAUCACAAGGACAAGGAGAACGAGGUCGAUGACAUGGAAGAUGUGGGAAACGAAUAUCAGUUCGAAUAUCAGAGGUAUUUGAAGGAAGUGGUGCAGGCUCUGGAAAGCGACGCGGACUUUCGCGCAAAAUUAGAAAAGGCAAAUGAAGACGACAUACGUACGGGAAAUAUAGCGCACGAACUGCAAUUCGUGGAUCACAAAAUUAGGACGAAACUGGACGAAUUGAAACGAGAGGAAUUGGAGAGAUUGAGGCAUCUCGCCACCAAAGAGCAUAAUCUGAUAAAUGGUCUGGAUCUGGAUCAUUUGAAGAUAGCGGAACAUUUGGAUCACUCCAACUCGCAUACGUUCGAGAUAGACGAUUUGAAAAAAUUGAUUGCCAAGACUACGAAAGAUUUAGCAGAUGCUGAUAAACGAAGACGCCAGCAGUUCAAAGAAUAUGAGAUGAUAAAGAAAUAUGAGGAAGAGCAAAAGAUGAAGGGUAAUACUGCUAUGAAGGAAGAAGAGAGGAAGAAAUACGAAGAGGAGCUGGAAGCGAUGAAAAAGAAACACAAAGAUCACAAACCAUUACAUCACCCUGGGAGCAAGCAACAACUGGAAGAAGUAUGGGAGAAGCAAGAUCAUAUGGAGAAUCAAGACUUUAAUCCCAAAACGUUCUUUUAUCUUCAUGAUCUAGAUGGUAAUGGUUUCUGGGAUCAAGAUGAAGUGAAGGCUCUAUUCUUGAAGGAAUUAGAUAAACUUUACUCUGAAGGCGCUCCAGAAGACGAUAUCUAUGAAAGACGUGAAGAAAUGGAAAGAAUGAGAGAACACGUGUUUAAAGAAGCUGAUCUUAAUCACGACGGUCUGAUAAGUUAUCAGGAGUUUUUAGAACAGACGAGGAAACCCGAUUUCCAACAAGACGAAGGAUGGCAAGGAUUGGAUGAGCAACAGAUGUUCUCUCAGGAAGAAUACGAAACUUUCCAACAACGCAGGCAGAAAGAGAUUCAAGACCUAAUUGCCAAAGGAAUGUUACCACCACCCUCUGAUACUGCACAACUACCUCUUCAACACGAGCAGUUUCCACCGCAAUAUCAGCAACAGCAGUAUCAUCCGCAACAGAUACAUCCGUCGCAGCAACAAUAUCCAGGACAAAUACCGCCGCAACAACCGAUAGUCGGCCAUAUGUCAUCAGAACACCAGGGACAAGUGCCGCAGCAACAAUUCUAUCAGCCUCCGCCACAGCAACAUUAUCCCGAUCAGAUUUCACAGCAACAUCAAUACCCAGCGCAGCAGCCACAGUAUCAAGUGCCAGUGCCACAGCAACAUUUCCAAGCUCAGCCACAGUAUCAGCCACAGCAUCAGCCACAGCAUCAGCCACAGCAUCAGCCACAGCAAGCACAGCAACAAUUCCAGGGCCAGCCUCAACAGGCUCAGCAACAAUUCCAAGGCCAGCCUCAACAGGCUCAGAAACAAUUCCAAGGCCAGCCUCAACAGACUCAGCAACAAUUCCAGGGUCAGCCUCAGCAAGUCCAACAACAAUCUCAAGGCCAGCCUCAACAGGCUCAACAGCAAACGCAACAACAAACACAAAAUCAAGUGCCACAGAAUACUCAGGGUAAUGCUCCGACGAACAAUCAAGGAGGUGCACAACCCAGCCACAAUCUUCCACAGAAUCCAAAGUCCGCUGAACAACAAAUUAAUCAGAACAAUAUACCAAAAAUAUAAAAGAUUUAAAUAAUGCGAAAUUGAUAUCGAUAA